CAAACUGUUCACCUGAAUCACUAACUAUUAUCAUCAUCUUUCUGAUUCAUUUCAAUUUUGAUUCUGUAACAAUCAAGGUGAUUAUUGAUCAUCACUGAUUAGUAAAUUGUUUAACUGUGAUCACUUUAAUUCAUCCUAAACUUUAAUCAAUUUUCAUUGUCAACCAAUUCAUAAAAAUGUAUUUCAAUAUACACAAGAUUUUUGUUCUAUUAAUUUUUCUGAUUCCAUUGAGUUCGGCUCAAUAUGAGGAAGAAUAUUUUCCAGCCACAAAAUGGUACAUGAGAGCACCAAGGUCGAUAAGUGGACUUUUCCGUCGUUUCUUAGGCCGUCGUAAGAACACAAUUAGAACGGGUUUCCAAGGAACUGCCAUUGCCAAUGGUCCUUAUGCCAGUCAACCAUCAUCAUAUUAUUCAUCAUUCUUGUCUAAUCCCUUCUCAUCUGGAUCUGGACCUUCAGGAGUUUAUCCUGGAUCAUCAGGUUCAGGAUCAUCUCCAGUCGCUUCUGCCUCGUCUCCUGGUUUCAGCUCAAACUUUUAUUCACCUCAAUUGAGUAGUUUCACCAAUGUAGUCGGUGGAUCGGGUCCAAUUCCCUCGGCGGGAACCAAUUAUCCAACCUAUUCACCUCCCUCUUCAGGCCCUGGUUCUGGUAAUCCAGCUAAUCUUGAUUUCCAUGCAGUUCUUGACCAAUUUGUCCGAUCAGCUGGUCUCUCACCAACCGGUGAUCAUGAACCUGCAGCAUCAACUAUCCAAUCGAAAGGAGAUACUCCAGUUUUCAGUUUUAAGAAACUUUACUCUUUCCCCUUCUACUUAUCAACUGACCAACAACCAGCUGAUCAAGGAUUUAAUCUUCAAAUUCCUUACAUGAGAAAACACAUCCGACGAGCUCUUCAUGAAGGUUCAUUCAUCAAGAAUCCUAAAUUCUUCGGCGAUAAGCAAUCAAUUCAAAACUGGUUGCACCCAAAGAAUUGGUAUUUCGGUCAACAAGCACUCCAACAAUCAGGAUCAUCUUUAAUCCCAACAACCUCAACAAACAUUCAAUGGCCAAAUGGACAAGAGACAAACCCAUUAAUCAAUGGUGUCGCUCAUCAACGACCCUUUUUCCGAGGUGCUGCUAAACAACCAAUAGGUGUUAAAGGUGGUAUUGUUGGUCAUCAUAAACAACAAUUACCUGUCGCUCAUCAUUUACAACAUGGUUCACCAUCAACAAUAGGAUCUCCCGUUGUCCCAAUCCAAGGAGCUGCUUCAUCAUUGGUGCCCUCAGGACCACUUAAACCAGGUCACCAACAACCUCACCAACCUCACCAACAACAACAACAACAACAACAACAAUUAACCCACCUUACACCCUCAUCUUCAGUAUCUCAAUCAACAUCAAUCUCAUCUUCAUCUUCAUCCUCAUCGCCAUCAUCAUCUUCCUCUGUAGUAUCAUCAGCUCCAUCAUCUUCCUCAUCUUCAUCAUCAUCAAACGCCGGUCAACAACAAUCAUCUCAACAAGGUUCAUCUUCCGGUCAACUAGCUGACCCAAGUAUCCUUAGUUCACAAGCUUUCAUUGCUCAAUAUUUACAAGAACAAUUAGCUGCGGCUAAUCAAAAACCAUCAAAUAUUAAAGAUGAUCAGGAAACCAACGAAUCACAAUACGCAUCAGCUUAUUAUUUUCCCAAUAAUAACAAAGUUCAACAACAACAACAACCUUCAUCCUCUCAGCAACAACAAGGUAAACACCAGUCACAGUUAGUCUCUGGUCAAGAGAAAGGUCAACCUGCCUCGGGCAUAACAUCAUCAUCAUCAGUAUCCUCAUCAUCUUCCCCUGUCUCUGGUGAUCAAUCGUCGCCCCUCAGCUCGUACCAGGUAUCCUAUUCAUCUGGAGGCUAUGGGACAUCCUCUUAAUUGUAAUCAGAUAUUUAACUAAUCAAAACAAAAAUUGAAGGAUGGACAAAACAACAAUCAAUAUCGUGAGGUUAAUCUAAGGAUAAAUUGGUCAACGUUUGUUUGUUUGUUUGUUUAUUUCAUCAUUAAAAUCUCAUCAACGAUUAAUGACCACUAACAAUUAGUUAACUCAUCAAUAUAAUACUAAAGAUUAACCUGUCAAAUGAACAAAUUACAAAACAAAUUGUUCAACCAAACAUUUGAUUACAUAAAAUUCAUCAUCAAUCUUUUCAUUUUCAUCAUCUCAAUAACUAAGCCAAGAAAUAGUCUUCACCUUCAUCCUCUUCCUCUCACGUACUCUCUCACCACUAACAAUCCUAAUUGUAAACUGAUUUUACUACCAAUUGAUUGACCCAAACUAACAAAUUAAAUUGGAUGGAAAAUAAUAACUUAGAUCAUGGAGAGAAUCGUUAGACCUACAAUUAACCUUGAAGAGUGUUUAUUGACCUUCUUAUUUUUGGAAAUCAACUAAUAUAUGAAAAGCCCACCUAUUAAUGCUAAUUAAACCAAUCUUAAUUGUUCCAAUUUGACCGAUCAUCAUGAAGCAAUCAAGGAGCAAUUUCACCGAGGUGGAAAAACAAAAUCUCUUCCUAUUUAUAUUUUAGGUUCAUCUUCCUACUCUUACCUUUUUUUCCGAUUUUCCCUCUUUUUAUGAUUUUGCUCCUGAUUCUAAUUAAUUCUGCAACUUUUACAAUUAAUUUCUAAUUAACUCAACAAAUGCAUAUUUUACUUAUGUUGACAUCUCACCAGAAAUUCACUGUCAUCAAAUGGAUUAAAUUUAUUGUCAUAAUUUAACGAUUUAUGAUAUAAAAUGAGAGGAUUUCCAAUCAAUCAAAUCUGAUUGCGUUAUCGAAUCAGAUCUGAUAAAUAUUUAAUUUGUAUUGCAUUUUGUUUCUAACUGUUCAACUUAAAAUUUACAUACUUUAAUUGUUGAAUUUUACACACAUUUAAUAUUGUUUGUAAAUCAUUUUGACAAUCAAUUGAUUUUAUAAUUCAUUUUUCCUUCUGUUUGAUUCAGUUCCAAUUUAAAGUGAAUCUAAACAUCAAGGAUAAUGUGAAAACUUUGUAGCGACAUUUUCUCGCCUAUUUAUCUGAUAUUAAACAAUCAAAAUUAACUCCAACAA